CAUCAAAUAGAUCGAGCUGUUGUUCAUAUACUUAUCUUGAAGUACGCAUCAUGGCAUCGAAACUAAAAAGUUUCUGCCUAACCUCCAUUUUCAUUCUGGUUAUUGUUGGGAUUACUUCAGGGGUACCACUUUCAACUUCACGAUCAGAUCACAUUCUAACCAAACGGGCAACCGGCGAUCAAUUCAACAAUGGCCACGUCAUGUCUUGGAAAACUUACAACAAUUUAUUAAAGUCCAAACCUGGCACGAUGGGAAAUAAUAUGGAUAAUUACUUUGGGUACGUUGAUCGACACGACCCCAGGCCCAUUCAGCCCUCACAAACUUACUCAAAUAGGAAGAUCCACACUUUUGUCGUCGGUUCGAGACAAGACGUGCAGAAUGCGGUUGUUAAUGGACAGGUACUUCCUCCCCAAGGCAGGCACACGGUUACAAAUCUACACGAAACUAAGCAGCCUCACACGCUUGUUAAUGUACAGAGAAAUAAUGCAGGUCAAAUUUCCAAAAUUUCCGACACCAAUCGGCACUUCGCUGGUGCUACGGUGAGCGGUAACGCGGUCCAUUACCAGGCGAAUUAUCAAGGUGGCAUUAACGGUAAUCCGAUCGGAGUGGCAAAUCCUAUCACACCACCUUCGAGGACUCUUUAUCAAUUAACCACGCCCGCGUCUGCACCCAAAGGAUUUGGUCGCGGUCGAGGUGGUGGCGGCCGGCGUGGGAGAGGAUAAAUUAUAAUUUCAUGCGACCUACUUCGGCCAUUCGAUACUUUCUUUACUAGAACUGAUAGUAAAUAAAUAGUGACCAUUCCAUGCAAAUUA